GGCAGGCCCGAUCGCAGAGAUGGCCCGGCACAGGCACGCUCGCGAGCCCGUGCCGUACGUCUCCCUCUCGGAGCACGGGAAGGUGAGGCCCGACCCUCUCCGCACAGCCGGCUUCUCGCCUGCUGCCCGCCCGCGGUGGGGCUGCCUCGGGUGCUGCCGCCCGCCCGGGCCGUUGGAAGAGCCUGUCCCUGGCAGGGACGGGGCCACGUGUCGGCAUGCACACACCAGCCUCGCCGGGGCUCCUGCGGCACCGCGCCCGGGAUGGCACCUCUGGAUCGGUGCAGUAUUCUGCCACUCCUGCACCUCCUCCUGUGUAGAGUAAUGGCAAUGCUCAGCUUCCCGGCCUUUAUUUUAAAAUUGGACAAGUCGUGCUGCUUUCUCUGGUCUUCUGACUUCCAGCUACCUCCUUUACCAGCCUGUCAUCUUGCUGGGGUGGGCACAUCUAAGAAAGUGAACUUUCAGUUCAGAGCCUGCUCCCUUGCCGUUCUCCAAACACCUUGUUGCAUAGCUCGAAGUCCUGCUGGCUUUGCGUUUGUGCUGAUUAUGUUGGCUGGCACAAUAUAAAGAUGUGUCUGUGGGGAACACAGGGCCUGUGACCCUGGCUGUCAGUUGGAAGCAUGUGUAGUUAUUUGUCUCAACACCAAUCCAAACAUGGUGUCUUUUGCCUGAAGAUCUUCUCUUUGUGCUUGCUAUUUUGCACACUUACUUGCAUCUCUUGCACAUAAGGGUGCUUCUGUGCUUUGAGAAAUAACUGCUUGUCAGACUGGUUCUUAUGUCUCUGCAGGCUUAGCUGGGCUUUCUACCAAGAAGACAUCUGUCAAUUGUCCUCUAUAUGAGAAGUGGUUAACGAGUUUCUUCUGGGCUGAGAUCCAGCACUCCCUGUAAAACAUGUCUGAGCAUGUGGCUUAUGCAGCUUGGAACUGGGGCUUCACCAGACUCCCUCUUUCCUUGUUCUGGGUCCCAGGGACUUAAUCUGGCCUUUUCUCCACCUGUAUCAGUCCCAGGCAGGAAUGGGGCCCCAAGACUUGGUGGGAACUGAAGAGCUGUUGUUGUUGUGUAGCAUCCCAUCUGUGCCUGAGGAGGAUUCUUGGAGUGUGAGGCUGAGUGAGAAGAGCCACUGCCUUACAUCAGCGCUGAGAGGACUUUGGAGCUGGGGCUCUUAGGGACACGUUUGCCAGGCUCAGGCAGAUCAGUAGGUGAGCUAUCCUGAGCUAUUGGUGCUACAAGCCCUCAUCCUCUUGAAGGCAAGUGAAUUAUUAUGCCACCUACAGCAUUGUGCCCUGUCAGCACUCAGCUCCCAGCUCAGUCAGGGCUCAGUUCCCCAGCUCACAUUGCAAGGACCUGUUGCUAUUGUGUCUGCAUGAAGCAUCUUCCAUAUUCCAUAUUUCUUUUGGACAAGUGUCAUCCAGAGUGGUGGUGCUUAGUAGACCAGUGGACCAGGCUGUGGCACAGCCAGAUGCUGUGACUUCACUGGGUUGAUUUUAUUGCAGGUGGUAUGGCAGAUGAGAGUUGCAGAUAGAGUAGAGGGAUUGGUGAUUUCCUUGCUUGGAAAAUGCUCUUGAUCUGCUUUGCUUUGCUUGGUGGGACAAUGGCAGGCACGGCCCCAGCUAGGGGGUGAAUGCCCACAGUGGUUUGGGGUGCUCUUCUUACUGGCAUCCCACUGAUGCACACAAGCAGGCCUUCUGCCUUUGGUUUGGCUUUCAGGAUAGACACCUGAUUUGGGUGGAGGCACAGGGAGGCUGCACCCAGCUGUUGUCACAGCUUCCUGUCUCUGUCACUGCUGGCACAGCUAUGGAAGCAAGAAGUUUGGGAAGAUGCCCUGAGCUCCGUGGGACAAGGAUGUCUUGUGACCACUCUGAUCUGGAUGAAGAACAAGCUGAGAGUAGGAAGACAGUGCGAAGAAGCAGCCUACGAGGAGCGGCGGUACCCAGCUGGGAAGUGGGCCUGUGUCACCAUGGGGGAGCCCAUGUAUGAGCAGAGCAUCUCCAUGAGCUUCAUGAAGCUCAUGCGCUACAUCUGCAAAGAGAACUCUGUAGGUUGCCAUCUGGGCAUGACAGUCCCAGUGCUCAACGAAAUCCACCUGACCAAGGAGGGGACUGAGCUGGAGCGUGAGGUCCUAACUGCCUAUUAUCUCCCAGGAGCAUUCCAGCAAAACCCCCCUGUUCCCAUGGACCCCGAAAUCCACAUCAUCGAGAGGGCACCACUCCGGGUUAUAACCAGGGUUUUCUAUGGGAUGACCACUGAGGAGACAAUUCUGCGGGAGAUCAGUCUCUUCUGGGAGCUCUUGGGCUCCACAGACAUGGUGCUGCGGGGAACCUACAUUGUGGCUUCUUAUGAAAAUCCCAGCAUCCCUCAGCGCCGCAAUGAGAUCUGGUUCAUCUGCCAGGCCGAGUGAGUCCCCUCCGUCACUGCAAGCCAGCGUACGACUGGACCCGGUGUAGAUGACAGUUCUGACCCAAAGGAGACGGAGCACAUCCCCACCCACUACUCACCCACACAAUGAGAGACUAAGAGACUGUGGGGUGGGUUUCCAGCCUGCCCUGCAAGGGUCCUGCCAGGAGAAAUCCUGCCUGCUCUGUGCUUCGUCUGCCUCCACAGCUGAGGCUGGAGCUGGUACCAAAGAUGACCUCUAGAGCAAGCUCUUGAUGGGAAGCACAUGGUGGGGGCUCAUUAAGGCAGUAACCAUGUGGGCUUGUGUGAUGUGCUAGCCUGACCUGCACUGGGCUUGCAGAGCUAUGCCAGGGGGGCUAGUGGGUCCAGUGGUGGACAGCAUCACAAGGUGAUGGUGUCUAGAAGGUGAAUGACUGUGUACAAUAUGUGGGGCUCAGUGUGGCCUUUAGCCUGCUUCCUGUGAGAAUAGCUGAAUGUCCUGAACAGAGCCACUGAAAUGCUGCUACAGAGACAGUUGGGUUGAAAGGGGAAAAGGGCUUCAAUUCAGGUGCAAAUCCUGAAUGUUUCCUGCUGGGUGGUUCUCUUUGGACUGUUGGGUGCCUCCCUGGCUGUCACUCACCAUUCCUCAGCCAGGACUAGGGCGCUGGCAGCCUUUGUCCAUCUCUUGUGGGUGCUGUUUUGCAGAUCUGCUGUGAGCUGAGAGGGGUAGGUCCAGAGAGCAGCAGGAGCAGCACCACUGUGUGUUGUGUUGUGCAUCGAUUAGUGAUUCACAUCCAUGAAUACCACCAUGCUUUCCUGGGGGAAGCUGGCAGUGCCAACAGUAAAUAAACCCAGCUCAAACCA